UCCUCCUCCUCCUCCUCCUCCUAUAAUAAUAAUAAGAAGAAGGAGGCGGGCGAUGGCGUGGGCGGGCGUGGGCGUGAGAAGCCAGUGCAGAGGAACGCAGCCAACGCCAGGGAAAGAGCGAGGAUGAGGAUUCUGUCAAGAGCCUUCUCCCGACUGAAGACGACCCUACCCUGGGUGCCCGCGGACACCAAGCUCUCCAAGCUCGACACGCUCCGCCUCGCCACCUCCUACAUCGCCCACCUCAGGGCUCUCCUGCAGGACGAGGAGCCGAGGGCGCAGGCGCAUCCGCUCUCACUUACGUAUAUUUCUGCUGACGAUGGCCUGUAG